GAGCAAGCUGAGAGGGUGGCGGGUGCAUUCUCUUUUCUGCUGUCUGUCUGUCUGCUUCCUCCAUGAGCCUCUCUUCAGGCUGCUGGUGUCAGUCUUUUCUCAUGGUGACGGGGCUCUCCCAUCCCAUCCCCUCUGCCUGGAGAGGGAUGUGUGCAGGACAGUUUUCUCAGGGUGCAUGUGUACGUGUGGAUCUUGUGUGCCCAAGCAUGGACUAAUCGGCAUUCAUCUGUGAUAAGUGAGACAGCGGAGCUGCUUGUGUUCAGCUCUCCUUGCCGGCAGGCUCUGCUCACCAGACUUUCUGCUGAAGUUUUGGGUGUAACUGCAGGGCACAGGGAGAGAGCUUCACUAUUCCCUCCUCACCGUUGGAUCUACAAGGAAUGGGUGCUAGCUUCUGUAGGGGCUGAAAGUCCAUUCAGUUCCCCGGCACACUCCUGAACGAGUCUUCGCUGGUUCCAGUGGCAGCCGUCUUCCUUUGGCCCCCUGCUUUGUCAGCAAUUGUCUGGGGAGAAUCUCUCCCUUCUCCUCCAGCUUGAUGGUGGAAGAAGGUGCAGGCGGAGGGGACAGGGCAUCCCGUGGCAGGCAGUGGGGACCCCCUCGUCCCUGUGCUGCGCCAAAAAUGGUGGGCAAGGCCCUGUGGAGUGUGGAGCGAGCAAAGAAGGGCUGGUGCUUUGAGAGGGCCAUUGGGGUGGACUGCAGCUCACCUGAGCCCUGCUGCAUCUGGCUGACCACACUGCGGACUGACAACGUGGACCUGGAGCGCAGGUGGCCCCGUGCUGGGGCCGCUGUCACCAGGCAAAAAUGCCGCUCACGUCCCUGCGUGGAGAAAUGCCGCAUGCCGACACCAGGCCGAAGAGAUGGGGCCUCCCCAAAUGCCAAUGCCCCCUUGGAGGAGUCCUUUCCUUGGGUGGGGCCGAAGACGGUGGUGCUCCGGAAGAGCCCACAGGGGGGAUUUGGCUUCACCCUCCGGCACUUCAUCGUCUACCCCCCAGAAUCGGCGGUCCACUCCAAUGUGAAGGAGGAAGAGAAUGGAAACCGGGCAGGUCCCCAACGGAGCCGCCUGGAGCCCAUGGACACCAUCUUUGUGAAGAAUGUGAAGGAAGAUGGGUCUGCACACCAAGCUGGCCUCCGCACAGGAGACCGUCUUGUCAAGGUGAAUGGGGAGAGCAUCAUUGGGAAAACCUACUCCCAGGUCAUAGCACUGAUCCAGAACAGUGAUGAUGUGCUGGAGCUCUCUAUUAUGCCCAAAGAUGAAGACAUUCUUCAGCUGGCCUACUCGCAAGAUGCCUACUUGAAGGGCAAUGAACCAUAUGCCGGAGGGGCCCAGAGCAUCCCAGAGCCACCUCCUGUCUGUUACCCUCGGAAGACCUACCCAUUCCAGUCCAGGCCACCACACCGGGAGGUGAUGGUAGCAGAGCCCUUGCAGGGGCAGCAAGCAGACAGCAGGCCCUUCCGCCCCUCAUCCUCGGGCCCAUCUUCGCCCCUGCACAGCACAUCACUCACGAGCCCCACCCCCAGCUUGUGGAACGAGGCUAGGAGUGAAACCCCUCGUGAGUUUGGCAGCACUCACUCCAGCCCAGCCCACCGCACUGAGGAGAUCCAGUAUGGAAUGACCCAGCAGAGGGCAGGGAUGCCACUGGGGAGGCCUGCCCCAGCUCCUGGUACCUUCUUGCAUGUCUCCAGCAGUAGUUGCCAGGGUCCCCUAGCCCCCUCUUUGCCAGAGAGGUAUGGUGUCCCUCCUGCUUCCUCCAUGACCAAUCAUACAUGCUACGGGGUCCCCAAGCACCUCCUGGAGCAUCGGACUCACUGCGGGUUCAAGGAUGCCUGUGAUACUAGUGUGGUGGCUGCUGGCAUGGGCCGACCCUCCUGGGAGGGUUCGGGUGGCACCAAGGCUGUCAGCAGGCUGGAGUGCCAGCAGGCGCUCUCCAACUGGAUUUCCAACCAAGUGCCACGCAGGAGUGCCUCAGAGGAUCGGAGGUAUGCCAUGCCACCCCGCUACCGCAGCAUCUCGCAAGAUCGCCUGGGAGAUGCCCCGGCACCCAGAGGGUGGCCUCACAGUGCCUCUCAAGACACCCUGCUACAGCCCAGCCAUGACAGCUGGGCUUGCCGGGCGAGGUCUGAUAACUACCUGGUGAGGUAUGGGCGCUCCAUGGAAGCACUGGAGCAGAGUGCACUGGUAUCUCCACGGCUGGACCAGUGCGUAUGGCCUCCAGAGAAAUUUUACAGGCCCAACCAUGGGCAGGUUGUCCAAACUCAGCCUAGCCAGCCGAGUUCAUAUGCCCCUUCUUCCUCCUCCUCAAGAGAAGCUCCUCCCAUGCACGUGCAGAAACAUCCCUCCCAGCCCAACCUCCAGAGCGUGGAUGACUCGGGGUACAUCGGUUACAGGAGCUACAGUCCUUCCUUCCAGCGCAGGACUGGCUUGCUCCAUGCGCUCUCCUUCAGGGACCCUACCUUUGGUGGCCUUCCAACCUUUAGUAUAUCACAGAGGCAAGGAAACCAACCAGCACCUUAUACAGAUAGAUCCACGCCAGGGUUGUCCAUGUCACUGCCAGCUGCUGCCCCCCCUCGCCCAGACCCCACCUCUGGCAGUGGGCUGGAAAUCCCCAAGGACCAAAGAUCGACCAGCCAUGAGAGCAGUGCAAGGCCUCUUGAGCCAUCCCCACCUCAGGGGAUGGAGCGGCUGCAGCCUGAGGCAGAGGAGAAAAAGGAGGAGGUCAUCCUCAGGCAAAAGCCACCCACUGGACGCAAGAUGCCACCUCCCUUGAGGCAGAUGAACUUUGUCUUUCCUGAUGACAUGAAGGAAACGGACAUUUGUGACCCACCGGUGAGCAGCAAAGGAGAAAUGCAGGUAGCGGAGCGGCCUGCCCGGCGGGUAGCACCAUUGGCAGCACCAGAAGACUCUUUGGCAUCCAUUCCAUUUAUAGAUGAGCCAACAAGCCCCAGCAUUGACCUGAAGGCAAAGCACAUCCCUGCCUCCUCUGUUGUAUCCAGUGCUAUGAACUCUGCCCCUGCCAACACCACCAGCCCCUCCUCACCCGCCUUCACCUUCGCUGUCAGCCGGCAUUACUCCCAGGACUGUAGUAGCAUCAAAGCCAGCCGCCGCUCCUCCUACCUCCUGGCCAUCACAACAGAGCGCUCUAAGUCAUGUGAUGAUGGUCUCAACACGUUUCGCGAUGAAGGGAAGAUCCUAAGGAGGAUGCCAAGCCGGGUGCCCAGCCUCCGCAUGCUGAGGAGUUUUUUCACUGAUGGGUCUCUGGACAGCCUUGGCACGUCUGAAGACACGAGAUCAAAGAGACAUUCAACCUCUGACCUCUCGGACGUGACUUUCAGUGAUGUGAGGAAAGAGGGCUGGCUCCACUACAAACAGAUCCUCACCAAAAAGGGGAAGAAAGUUGGUGGGGGCAUCCGGCAGUGGAAGCGCGUCUUCGCCGUUCUCCGCGCCCACUCCCUCUACCUCUGCAAGGACAGGCGGGAGGCCGUGGCCUACGCCGCGCCCCAAGGUGAGGAGGAGCAGCCAAUCAGCAUCCGAGCGUGCCUGGUGGACAUUUCCUACAGCGAGACCAAGAGGAAGCACGUCUUCCGGCUGACGACCGCUGACUUCUGUGAAUAUCUCUUUCAGGCAGAGGAUCGGGACGACAUGCUGGCCUGGAUCAAAGUCAUCAGGGAGAAUAGCAAGGCUGAGGGCGAGGACCCCAGCUUUGCAAGCCAAGCACUUAUCAACAAGAAGCUGAACGACUACCGGAAAGUAAACCCUCCAGGGACAAAGCCAGACUCAUCCCCCAAAGGGUCUCGCGGGCUGGGGAUCAAACCGGAGUUCCUAAAACAAACGGGCACAUGCGCCCCCCGAUCUCCAAGGCAAGACAUGGCUGUGACUAAAGAUGAGAGUGGCUCCCAGAAAGCCCCGUGGGGCAUUAACAUCAUGAAAAAAACCAAGAAAUCUGCCCCACGGGCUUUUGGAGUGAGGCUCGAGGACUGCCAGCCUGCCCCAGACAAUAAGAACAUUCCCUUGAUCGUGGAGGCCUGCUGCAAAGUGGUGGAAGACAAGGGCCUCGAGUACAUGGGCAUCUACCGGGUGCCCGGUAACAAUGCCAUGGUGUCUAGCCUGCAGGAGCAGCUCAACAAGGGGGCCACUGAGAUCAACCUGCAGGAUGAGAGGUGGCAGGACCUGAAUGUCAUCAGCAGCCUAUUGAAAUCCUUCUUCCGAAAGCUUCCGGAGCCCCUGUUCACAGAUGAUAAGUACAACGACUUCAUUGAAGCCAACCGGAUAGAAGAUGCCAGUGAGAGGAUGAGGACCUUGCGGAAACUGAUCCGGGACCUGCCAGGACACUACUAUGAGACACUCAAGUUUCUUGUGGGGCACUUGAAGACGAUCGCCGAUCAUUCGGAGAAGAACAAGAUGGAGCCCAGGAACCUGGCCCUGGUGUUUGGCCCAACGUUAGUCCGGACAUCUGAGGACAACAUGACAGACAUGGUGACACACAUGCCGGACCGCUACAAAAUUGUGGAGACCCUCAUCCAGCAUUCCGACUGGUUCUUCAGCGACAAGGAGGACAAGGGAGAGAAGACCCCUGUGGAUGAGAAGGAGGCACAGUCGGUGCCAAACAUCGAGUACCUGCUCCCCAACAUCGGGAGGACAGCAGCACCUGGAGAUGCCUCAGAUUCAACCAACAGUAGUUCCACUAAAUCCAAGCAGGGCUCGUGGGCAUCCCGGAAGGAUCAGUACCACAAGGAGAUGCUCACCAUCUCCUUCAUCUCAGCUGUCAACCGCAAGAGGAAGAAGCGGAGAGAGGCCAAGCGCUUUGGGAGCAGCACGGAUGAUGACUCAGAGCAUGAAGCCACCAAGGGCGCUGGCAAGGCUAGAGGUGAAGAGGCUCUGGGAGCAGAGAGGCAUGGGGAGGCUGAGGAGGAAGAGGCUGAGGAGUUGCGGGACCACGAUGCCCCUGGAGAGGUUGGUGUGGAGCCUGACGCUCGGAGCCGAGUGGGGCCAGAGGCUGUGUGUCUGCAACAGGAAGGCCACUUGGAGGUGGGGCUGGCGGAGGCAGAGGGGCUGAAGGGGAUGAAGAUGGCCGUGGCUUUGCGGAGCAGUCCCGAGCCAGCACUGGAUGCCAGGUCUAUCGUGUCAGGCUACUCCACACUGUCCACCAUCGACCGCAGCCUAUGCUCCGAGGUGCAGUCGGUGGCCGAGAGCCGUGGCGAGGAGGCAGAUGACGAACGCAGCGAGUUCAGCCACGUGGAGACGGACACAGAAAGCAGUUUCUUCCCAGGACGGGCAGGGCCACGUGAGGGCCAGGGAGACGUGGCAGGGGUGGGGGUGAGCAGCGACAAGGACAGGCGGGCAUCCUUCAGCUCCCGCCGCCUCAUCCAGUGUGACACGCUGGCUCGCAAGCGGCUCCUGCGGCCUCGGCGGGACAGCAACUCCUCAGCCAAGGGUAGUGCCGAGGCUCCCAGCUCCAGCUCCCGGGGCAGCCAGGAGUCCCUGCCGCCCCUGGGAGCUGCAGCAGAGAAGCGGGGAAGCUGGGCCUCAGCCCGGCCCUCACUGAGAGAGCAGCUCCGUCUGCGACUGCGUGGCUCAGCUGACGACAUGCUGGCCGUGCCAAUGCGCCAGCCCCAUUCCCCUGAGACACGGCGCAAGAAGAGCAGCUGGCGGCGGCACACGGUGGUGGUGCCCGGUGGGCUCAAGGACCUCAACUUCAAUGAGUGGAAGGAGCAGCGGGUGCCAGGCCAGGACCUUGCUGAUGGUGCCACCUCAGGGGCCAGGGGCAGUGCUGAGGGGCGGCCCCCAGAGGCAAGUGCCUCCUGCAAAGACCUACACAGGGACAACAAGGACUCGGGCCUCAGCAGCCUGGAGUCAACAAAGGCUAGGCCCUCCUCCUCCUCCUUGCUGGGGAACUCGGCGCCGAGCCACCAGGGCGGUGCUGGGGAGCAGCAGCACAGUAAGGGCACCGAGGGGAACCCGGGUGACCGGGGCCCGGCUCCCAAGCGCACAGCUUCCUUGCGCUUCCACCAGUGUCUGUAACUGGCCUGGCACUCGGUCUGAUGGGCCCUAAGCCCCUUUGCCUCCUCCCCCAUGAUGCCUGUGGCUGAGGACCCCUCUGAGCUGGGCCUUGCCUGGGCGUGGGUCCCCAUCAUGUGGGGAGGUCACAGUCAUGGUCCUUGAGGCCAGGGGCAGCUUACCCUUUUCUGUUUUACCCUGUUUCCUGUACUUCGAGCUUCACGCUUGGCCCUCAGCGCCUAGAGGCCUGGAGAUGCCCCAUUUCCCCGCUCCAGCCCUAUCCUCCUAGCCUCCCAUCCUGGGUGCUUGGGUCACUGUUUAAUUUAAUGACUUCCCCCACUCCCAUUUUGUAUUUAAUUGUGCUCCAUGUAGAGCUGCUUCUAUUUAAUCUGUUUCCCGAUUUUGAGCCUCUUCUGUACCACCCUUCCCUCCCCACCCUUUCACCUGCACCUCCCCACCUGGAAAAUUUCCAGGCCCAGCCUUUUCUAGUCCCGAUCCUGCUAUGGAUGGCAACCUUUGGACCUGGGAUUGGCCCACUCUUGAGCGGUCAGCCCCAGAAACAUUUGAGCUCCCUUCAGGCCCUGUGUGGCACCGAAGGUUGUCCUGAGCUUCCAGACCCAACCCUGUCCCUAGCUCCUCAUGGGCGUGAGACGCCAGCCCCCACCUUGCGAGCACUUGCUUUGGGACUGGGGGAGGGAGGACGUGUGUGUUUACCUGAGGCUGUUGCCAGUGCCCUGUGGCCACUUGCCAACCCGUUUUGCUCUUCCUCCGGGUUGAGCUGGUGCCAGGGAGCCCUGGCCACGGCUCCAUGGCAUCGUGCUCUUGCAGGUUCCCCUCAAUCCUGGUCACAGAAAAUGCUUGCUGCAUAAGUGCUGCUGAGGAGCAAGGAAAUGUUGAGCAGCUUUAGAGAGGCCUCCAGGCACCUUUGUCCGUGCCCACCCUAUGGCCACUUCGGAGAGGGUCCCCACCUUUCCAGAGCCAGUGCCCUGGCCCUAGUUGGGCAGGGAAACGGGGGGGGGGGGGGGGGGAUGUGUGGAGGAGGGGAGAGCAUAGGCAUGCAGCUCUGAUGCUGUAGCAAAGACCCUCCCCACGCAUCCGUCUCCUUCCAGCAGUCAGGAGGGACUGGCAGCAUUUGCAUUGCACUGCCCAGGUGCCAGGAUGAUAGGCACAAAACCAGGCAGCCAGGCUGGGGACUGGAGAGCAGAGACAGAGCUGAUGGCUGGCUCUCUGUCUUCCCCAAUCACAGGCAGUCUGUCCAGCUCAGAGCUCUUGUGGGGCUCCCCAGAGGCUUCCCCCUUCCUCGGGGUUUGCAUGCACUACAGGCCAAAGGCAUCACUGCAGCUGGGCAGGCAUCACAGCCACCAGUGUGCCAGCCCCACGGACCUGAGGUUGCUGGUCUGGGCCGACACUUGCGGUGCUGCAUCUCUGCUGUGAGUGCACUCCUUGCUAGCCAGGUGACACCUACCCCUGGCUGCAGGGAUCUCUCUCAGCCUGGCUCUUGCUACAACUAUUUGGGUAGGGGCACAGUGACACCUGGUGGCUGCUGAGGUGAAUGACAGGCCUGGCUGCUUGGGUGCCAACUCCUGUCAGGUACCUGUGCUGAACCAUUGGACCUGGGGUUCAUUCCCCUUCUCACACUGAUCCCUGCUGUGUGAGGAGCUGCUGCCAGCCACCGUGGCUGAAGCCUGGCAGUACCAUGGCCAGAGGAUGGCAGCUUCCCCACACGGACUCAUAACAGCUGCAGCUCAGUGGCCUGGGGGGUGGAGGGGGUCAUGAAAACUGCCCCACAAUUGGGGCAAGAGCUGGGUCCUCCUGGAAGCAAGCAGCCAGCCUGGAGUCAGGCGUAUCUUGCUAGGGUGUCAGUGCAGAGCCUUGGCACUAGCUGGGUUCUGCACAGCCAUCUGAUGGAGGCAGAGCAAGCCGGGGGACAGCACCUAGCAGAGUCCUUUCAUCAGCCAGAGACGGGUAGGUCUGUGCCCUCACCACUGAGUAUCGUGCGCAUUCCCUCUCGCCCCCUUGUCAAACCAGGUGGGAAAGGCGGUGAGGGCAGGUGGGCACCAUCCUGUCUGGGGUAGCCCAGGCUGCAGCAUCGGCUUCAGCAAAGUGCAGAGGCACAACGGCUGCCCUGUGCUGGCUUCUCCGGGUCAGGUGAGCAACAGACUCUUCCCCCAUGGGUGUUUGAUCCAAGGGAUGGGAAGAGGAGGUGGCCUCUCUGCUCAGCCCUAUGCCCCCUCCUCCCCAUUGUAUGCUGGGUGUGGGAUUCCUCUCACCUCCCUCCUCAAUCUGUGGAGCAUGGCCCGUUUCACCCCCAGGUCUCCUAAGGGCCCGAGCUUCCAGCAUGGGACCAGUGCUCGUGCUGGGAGCCCAGUCACCCUCAGUGUGUGUACCACACUUGGCACCGUGGCUAUGGGGAGAAGUGGUUAGCAUGGCUGCCUAGCAAAAUCAAAGUCAUGUUAACAUGGGAAGGCUGGGCCACGGCCCUGCUGCAUCUGCAGCACUUGGUCAACACUGCAUGGGCUUUUAGCAAGCAAGGCAGACCCAGGAGCCAGGCCCUGCUCUGUGCAGAGCUGCACAUCCUGAACAGACAUGGAACAGGGAGGUUGUAGGACAGCAAAGCCUGCAGCAGGGAUCUCUGAGCCCAGCAUGGAUAGCCACAGCUUGGCUCUCUGGCUCCCCACUCGGCCCUCAGACCUUGCAGAGACCACCCCAUCUUCCCAGAUGCUCAAGCCCUGCCAGGAAGGGCAUGUCCACUCUGCCGGUGCUCCUGCUCUCCUCCCACCAGGCUUUUUAGCCAUAACCCUUUUAAGUUGAUGUAGUCUCAGCAAAUGUGCCCCUGCCACCUCCUGUCUGUCAUUUCUAACUGCCUGUCCCCUCCUGCUCACCCAGCAGCAAGAAACACCCUUGUCUGCAUUUCCUUUCAUCUCAAAAGCACUGUGGCAAAUAAGGUGUGAUGCAGCUACCACUGGGGUGGACCACAGCAGCUGUGCAGUUUGGGAUAGGAAGGGAUUAUUACUGUAUCCAGUGGCAAAUGCCCAGUGGGGGCUUCCAGUAGGUAAGGAUCUAAUGUAAACUGGAAUUCGGUGAGCAUUAUGCAGCCUUUCACAUGCAAAAAAGAAAAAAAAGUGCCAUAGAAGAGCUGACUCCAAGAGUUCAGGGCCUCAUGUCUCAGUGUCAGGAGAACCAAAAUGGACUUUGGCAAACUUGUCCCAGGGAACUGGAUCUGUAGGGUGGGGGAUGAUUGUUUUCCCCCCCACCCCCAUGCCAACUUCUGACCAAGCACGUAGACUCGCCCAUUGUGCUAUGCAGUCGUCAGCAAUUUUCCCUCUCCUUGAAAAUGGUAAGCUCCGUUCUCUCACUGCUCCCUAGCCACAGAACAGAGUUCUGUUUUUCCACCCCUGAGCGUGACAUUAAACCAAAAUCCAAUACGUCCUCUGUGUUUAGGAAACACGCAGCGCCAACUAUAGCCUAAUGUCUGGCGAUUGUCUUAAUGACCUAGGGUACUGUCUCUCUGGAGUGAAAGUCUAGCCCCCCUCUCCAUGGGGCCAGAGUUCAACUGAAACCUGUACAUAGAAAUAAUGUCACGCUACAACUUCCACUACAAACUGCAGCCAUUCCAAUGAGGCCUUGUGUGGGGGGGAGGGAAGGGGGGGAUUAAAAAAAAGAAUGGGUGGAAAUGUUACUCCAGUUAUGCAUUGUUCUCAUACUUUAUGCAAAUAUUUGCUGUAAAGGUUUUUUUCCCCUCUUUUUUUUUUUUUGUAAAUAUUGUCUUUAAAUGUGUAACAUAUUACAAAGAAUUUAUAAGGAUUUUUUAAGAAGUUUUGCUCAUUUUAAAAGAAAAAAGACACAAAGUGCUGUAACAGUGUUGACUUUUUAAAAAAAAAAAAAACAACCUCUCUGCAUGUGUAUUUUUUGCCCUUGAUGUGUUGUCCAAGGUUGGCUAUAUAUUCGGUAUAUGCAAAAUGAAAAAGGAAAAAAAAAAGCGCCAAACAACCAAACAAAAAAAGAACUUGCUUUGGAAAUCGCCCUCUCAGACGUAUAGUUAUAUAUAUGUUGGAAAUAAACUGGUUAUUCAAAGAGA